GUGGAUCCACGUUUUAUUACAGUGACAUAACCCUUUCGUUUCUCUUUUUUUCCUCUUAUACAUCGAACUAGCACCUUCAGGAAGGACAAUCAUGUCGAGAUACCCAGAGGACGGCCAGAGGCCAUACUACGACAACGUGAAUGACGGAUACCAUCCGUAUCAGGAUCCAUUCACAAGCCAGACGCCUCAUCCUUACGAACAACAACACCAGCAAUACGAGAACCAGCCGUACCAACCAAUACUUCCUGACCCCUUCUCCAACCCAGUCCCUCAGCCACCAACCGUGUAUUCGCCACCACCUCAAACCCAUUCUCCAUACCUCCAUGUCCAGUCUCCCCCGCCUCCGCAGCACCAGCCUGAGGUGUACAAUCUUCACGACAACCCCUACGAUCAUUAUGCGCCCACUCCGCAGCCCCUUCUUCGCCCUCCUUCCCAGUUUAACCCCAGCUAUGAAAUACAAGAAGACCAGGAGCAGGAAAUCGGUGAUACGGGUGACAUUCCUCUUCUCAAUAGAGACAGCGUGUACCCGUCUUCAUCUGUCACCAUGAUUGGAUCAUACGACGAACCGACACCAGAUGACAGAGAAGAGAACAAUAUCCGUUACGGCCGUAUACCGCAGCGCGUUCCUCGACGUCAUAAGACGACAAAGAAAGUGGAACUCUUUCAUGGAAAUUUCGUCCUCGAUGCUGCCGUGCCCUCUAAGCUGCUCAACAUGUGCGCUCUGCGCAACGAACGGGAAUUCACUCACAUGCGCUACUCCGCUGCUACUUCUGACCCCAACGAUUUCAAGGACGAUGGUUUUACUCUCCGUCAAGUUCACUAUGAUCCGCCGCGUCGAACCGAGCUCUUUAUCGUGUUGACUAUGUACAACGAGGAUGAGGAGCUAUUCUGUCGGACCAUGCAUGGUGUGAUCAAGAAUAUUGCACAUUUAUGCAAGCGAGAUCGUAGCAAGACGUGGGGAAAGGAUGGGUGGAAAAAGGUCGUGGUGUGUAUCGUCAGUGAUGGACGGUCGAAAAUCAAUUCUCGAACGCUCAGUGUCAUCGCUGCCAUGGGUGCAUAUCAGGAUGGAAUUGCCAAGAACAUCGUAAAUGGAAAGGCUGUAACGGCUCACAUAUACGAAUAUACCACGCAAAUUUCGGUCUCGCCGUCGAUGAAGAUCGAAGGUGCAGAGAAGGGAGUAGUUCCGGUGCAGAUAAUUUUCUGCUUAAAAGAAAAGAAUCAGAAAAAAAUCAAUUCUCACCGUUGGUUCUUCAAUGCAUUCGGCCCGAUUCUCCUACCCAACGUCUGCGUCCUUCUCGAUGUCGGUACCAUGCCUGGCCCAACAUCGAUAUACCAUCUCUGGAAAGCAUUCGACAUCAAUUCCAAUGUUGGCGGCGCAUGCGGCGAAAUUGUUGCGCUCAAGGGCAAGUACGGACAAUAUCUCAUCAAUCCUCUUGUUGCCGCACAGAACUUCGAGUACAAAAUGUCGAACAUCUUGGACAAGCCCCUAGAAUCCGUUUUUGGAUACAUUACCGUGCUUCCUGGUGCAUUCAGCGCAUAUCGCUAUUACGCGCUGAUGAAUGACGAUAUGGGCGAGGGGCCACUACAGAAAUACUUCUUGGGCGAGAAGAUGCAUGGCGCAGGCGCGAACAUAUUUACCGCGAACAUGUAUCUCGCCGAAGAUCGAAUCUUGUGUUGGGAACUCGUCUCUAAACGUGGUGGGUCAUGGAUUUUGCACUACGUCAAAUCUGCGUAUGCUGUUACGGAUGUACCUGAUCAGGUCCCGGAACUGAUAUCACAGCGUCGACGCUGGCUGAACGGUUCAUUCUUCGCCGCGAUCCAUAGUACGGUACACUUCUACUACAUAUAUCGCUCUUCACACUCUUUCAUGCGGAAAUUCUGGAUUCACAUUGAGUUGGUAUACCAAACCUACAAUCUUGUCUUCUCAUGGUUCGCACUCGGAAAUUUCUACAUCGCAUUCACCAUCCUAACCAGGGCGCUCGAGUCGAGCGAGUUCAAUAUCAAAGGGAUCAACAUCGUCAACGACAUCCUGAACUACUUCUAUCUAGGUCUUCUCAUCAUGUGUUUCCUGCUCUCGCUCGGUAAUCGGCCGCAGGGAUCAAAGUGGGGGUAUACGAUCGCGAUGUUGGGCUUUGCGUUGAUUACGGUCUACAUGACGGUCGCGGCCUAUCUGCUUGCUUACAAGGGCAUUGAAGGCGUGAAGCAGGCCAAUGGAUCGAUCCAGGCUAGCGAUUUGUUCUCUAAUGCGAUAUUCAGAGACGUUAUACUCUCACUUAGUGCGACGCUCGGUCUUUACAUUGUCUCUUCUCUCAUUUUCUUCGAACCCUGGCACAUGAUCACUUCAUUCCUCCAGUACAUGCUCAUGGCACCGUCAUACAUAGCAGUGCUAAACGUAUACGCAUUUGCAAACGUACACGAUGUCUCCUGGGGAACGAAAGGCGACAACAAGGUUAGCACAGACCUUGGUGUCGUCAGCGCGGGCAAGAACAAAAACGAGGUCGAAGUGGCGGUGCCAACUGCGGAGACGGAUAUCGAUGCUGCAUACGAGGACGCGAUUCACGUGCUUUCGACGAAGCCACCUAAAGAAGAGUCGAAGCCUGAUCCUGCAACUCAGCAAGAAGAUUAUUACAAGACGUUUAGGACUAAUGUUCUUCUGGUUUGGACUUUGAGUAAUGCACUUUUGGGAGCUGUAGUAGUUGCGGCAACGCCUACAGCUGCUAGUAGCGGGGCUUCCGCCGCAGUCAACGGCUAUAUGGCCUUCAUACUAUUUUCGGUAGCCGGUCUAGCAUUUGUGCGCUUCGUCGGUUCGACAAUGUAUAUGCUUGUCCGGUUAUUCGCAGGAGAAUAAUUGGAUUGGCAUGGAUGUAUUUGUUGCUACCAUAUUUGUAUGACCGACUUUUGGACUAGUUUGAGAGAGUAGGACAGAAUGCUUUUUCCGUCUAGUUAAAAUGGACUUUUUUUCUUGAUUCUCUUAGUUAUCGUCUUCCAUUCAUUUCUCAGCAUUUAAGACUGUUAUCUGUUGUACAUUUUUCAUGAACAAAGACCCAUGACAGCUUGCUUUCCUUUGUGAGAGUACUAAGAGAACAGAUAUCUUUUGGUUGUACGAGUGGUCUUACUCGAGGAAGCUACUUUUCUCUUUCCCCAUAUAUGCCACCUUGACCCUUCGUCCACCCAGGCCUUUGGCAACGAUCGUUUGUUUAUCUCCAGGUAUGACGUCUAAUGCAUUAUCGCUCCAUUUAACCUCGUCACUAUCCACACUCAAUACCAAACCCUUCACUGGCCGCGUCACUUCGAUGUUGACCUCAUCACCACUCACGAGGAUUUUGAGCCCCGGAUUGGGAAAUUCGAGGAAACGAUACGGCUGGGGCCAGUCUGAAAAUCGAGAUAAUACCUCACCCGUUUGUAUAUCACGCAAACGGGCAGAAACAACGACCGAAUGCGACGUGGUGACGACUUGAUCGCCCGUCGCUGGAUCAGGAGAGGGACACCGCUUAGACAGGAGCUCUGUCGUUUGAUUAGGCAAUAGAUCCACUACAUGCGUUUCUGAGGAGGUCCAGCUGGAAUAGAGAUCUAUGCA